AUCCGACAUUUGAUCGAUUUGGACCUAUCAAUCGAGAUCAUUUACUUCUGGCAAAUGUAUCUUGUCAAGAAUUAACCCAAGAACAACAACGACGUCGCAAUCAUUAUACAUUUCAUCAACCAUUUACUAUUAUUGAUCAAAGUGUUGAUAUUAGUGUUCGACCAUUCUUUAUCUAUAUCUAUCAUCAUUUAUAUGAAGAUUUAGUACAACGUUUUCAUGUUAAUAAUGCUAUUCUUGAUUAUAAUUAUGAACGUCUUCGUCAAUGUCUAAAUAUUAUGACACAAGAACGAAUUCAAUAUGAUUAUCUGUCUGAGACUACUAUUGGUAGUGAAAAAUUACGUAUCGAUGAGUAUGCUCUAGCAUUAGAGUUUUAUCUACAAAUUGAUGAUGAAUUGUUUUUUAUGAAAACAUGUUCUUUUCGUAAUGCUAAGCCAUCAUUAUACAAUCAUCAUGGUAUCUUCUGUAUUGAUGAACCAAAAGCGCUCUAUGGUCUAAAACCAUGUGAACAAGUUACAUGUCGAUUUUGUUUUCCCAUCACCGAUAUUCUUACUCGUGGUCGACAAAGUCAAUCAGUUGUUCAAUUUUCAUCAGCACAAAAACAUCGUUUUGUCAAUGGAUAUGAAGCUAUUCUCAAUUGUCCAGUGACUUGUACUACAAAGAAUAUUCUCUAUGCUUUGACAUGUCCAUGUGGUCAAUAUGAUUAUAUUGGAUAUACAGCAAUGUCAUUAGAUGAACAACUUAAAUAUCAUCGUGAGCAUGGUAAUCGAAUCAUGCAUGAAUUUAUUCUUGGUUCAGUCAAUAGUAGUCGUAUGCGACAACAAACCAAAUCACAAGAAGAAUUAACAGCUGAUAAUAUGUUACUUUACAAACAUUCAGCUCGUUGUUCAUAUGCUAUUCAAAUGUUUCUGGAUUGUAAUCCACAAUAUUGGUGUUUCGUACCAAUGCCAAAGAUGGAAGCACGAACACAAAAUCUUACAUCUGAUUUCCCAAGUAAUAUUAUAAUGUUUCCAUCGAAUACUCAUUCACGUCGUGAUCAAGAAGCUAGUACAUACAUGAUUGAUUUACCUCCAUUGCCAUCAGAAAACUAUACGUUUUCGACAAAUCAACGUACUCAACAAUUUUAUAUGUUCAAAGAGAAAUGUGAUCUUUUUCUGCCUAACGUUCAUCUAGAUCUAUAUAAUGCUACCAUCAUUGCUGUUUUACCGGAGAAUUGUUCUGAAUUAUUUUAUCGAUUAAUCGAAGCAUUAUUCAUUACACAUGCUCAAACUAAAUUAAAUACAUUAGGUCAUUUAGAUGGUAUGAUUGUUGAAAAUAACAAUUGUAAUGAUAUAAAUGCACGCAUGGUUGAUGAUCGUCGUGGUAAUUGGUGUCAAAAUCUUGUUCGUCGUCCUAGCAUGUUGCAUGAGACACGAAAAAGAAUGAAUCCUCGUCUCAAUCCUCAUUUCCAAUAA